CAUAACUUGCCCAGAUAUUCCUUGGGUAUUAGAGUUAUUUUGUCUCACUCUGACUUUUCAAAGGAGGGCGAUUCUUGCCGGCAACAAAACAGUCUCCCCUGCCCCGGAGACUUCUGAAGCGCAGAGCUACGCACCUAGCGCCGGAUAUCACUUGCCGUCCAUCCUACAAUACCGUGCCGCCUAUUCUCGGUCUCAAAGCAGCGAGUUUAGCCCAAACUCGUUGAUGCAAUGGCUGGGGUUCUACGGCAAGGUGGCUCUAAUAUCCAGACCACGGGCAUUUCUUGCCGCUUCAGUCUUUCUGGGGUUCAAGUUUCCCGCCUGGCUGUGGGCAAAAAGCUUCAAUUUCGAGUUCCGGGUCUUGAUUCUCGGCUUAGUUCGUGCGCAGAACCGAGUACCCAUCUACAGCCCUUUAAUGGUAGCGUGUCUUGACGGGGACGUUCCGCAAAUCCGACAACAUCUCCGUGAUGGCGUGGGCGCGCUUGGAGAUCGCUCAACCUGUGCCGGCAGAACACCUCUGAUGGUGAGUGCUUUCCCAAGCUUCUAUUAUAGGGCUAUCGUCCGCGGCCAUGUCUAACUAACCAC